GUGUGUGCGAACCAAAUCCAUGUUUGAAUGGAGCGAAAUGUAUCAUAGCGACAGAAGCAAGAUGCAGAUGUGCAUAUGGCUACAGAGGAUCAUUUUGUCAAUCACAUGUUUGCGAGUUUCAAAAUCCAUGCCGGAAUGGAGGAACAUGUGAAUCCAUUAAAAGAUGGCCUGGGUUUGAUUUGCGCAGAUAUUACAAGAAAAAGCCUCAGCCAUUGGGAAGUAAAGUUAUUACAGGGAUUGUUUUCGCCAGUUUGUUUGGAGCAUCUGCAAUAAUUGUAGCGCUUUUCUUCAUAAUUAGAAGAUGCAGGAAAUCCCCAUCAACAUCUUACAGAGAGCCUAGAUCGAGAUUGGGAUAUGGCACUCCUUCUAUAUGGCCAAAUAAUCGAGACUCCCCAUCUUUGCCAACAGAAGAAGCCCAUAGAGCGGAAACACGAGGCAUGCUUCGUGACCUUGACACAGAGGGCAACCAAUCACAUACAAACAGAUUUGACCACAACGUCACAAGCCAAAGAACCACAAGGGAGCACAAUCUCAUGCACUCAGGACAUCAAGAUAAUAACUCCCCGCCAGUUCAAUAUGACCCCAACGUGUCCCCACCCGACUAUACAGAUGCGCUGGAUGAUAGAUACAAACUUCCGAGCCCGGAGAUCACCGAAGAACCACCGCCUUCAUAUGACACAGUUCAACUCAACGCGUUAAGAUCAGAGAAUCAUAGAACUUGAGACAUUAAAUUCAUGAUAAUAAUAUUGUCUCAGAUGAUAGUAACGAAGAACUGAAAAGUGAUGUCCACUUAUCGCUUGUUACGGAUCAGACUCUUACAGAUCAGACAUAUACCUGGAAAUAAUACUCAAACCAAUCUUAAAACUCUGGCUAUGCCAACAGAAAACACCCAUGACACAACAGCAAAUACCAUCCAUAGUAAU